AUGUCUAACUCAAAAAAAUCUAUUGAAAAAAAUCAUUUGGAUGAAAAAAUUGACUUUGUUGAAUUCAUAAAAAGUACACAAAAACUUGAUUUAUGUGAUAAUGAAUGUUGCCAAAGUUGUGCUUCAAAAUCUAAUAGUAAUGAAACAAUAAAGAUGAAAAAUAUUAUUGAAAAAGAAAAAGAUCGUGCUUUAAAAGAUUAUAGAAAAUUUAGUGAGGAUACAAUUAGAGUUGGAAAAAUUAUAAAUCCAAAAAAAUUAUUUAAAAGUUCAAAGACAUGUUCUGUAUUUAAUGCUAUAGAAAGUAUGGAUGGAAAAGAGACUUCUGAGGCAAAACGUCAUAGUAAUUCAAAUCCAGGAAUAUUGAAUGAAGAAAAAGAUAAUAUUGUUAGAUUACCAAAGUUUGAAAAUAAUAAUUCACCAAAAUUUUCUAUUGAAAAGAUAGGAGAUAAAAAAAGCAAAAGUGGAUGUUGCUCAAAAAAUGUAGUUAAAUUUUCUGUUGAAAAACAAUCUUUUGAAUCUAAUAAGCCAAUGAAGACAAUGCAUACAAUAGACCAUGAAGAUGGUUCAAUUGAAGCUUAUUUUACUGAAGAUAUUACUUACAAUAAAUAA